AUCUAAAUGGAUUAAGAUACCCCAAAGGAAGAGAAUUAAGAUGAAUAAAUAUAAUAAAUUAAUGAAACUUAAAAUUCUUUAAAUUAGGCAGAGAUAGAAUAGAAAGAAUAAGCUGGAGAAUUAAAUUAGAUUUAAAAUCAAAAUGAUUAACCUCAAAUCAUUAGUGAAGAAAAAAAUAAUUAAGGUACAACUAAAAAUGAAAAUGAAAAUAAUGAAAACACUUUAAAUUAAGGAUCUUAAGAAUUGAAUGCAAACCAAACGAAUUAAUAGGAUUCCUCGACAUCAAAUUUUUAAGAUAGUAUUCACAAUUUAGCAGGAAUAAUAAAUAACAUUGAUAAUUAAGUAUUAUUAUAAAAGGAUCCUUUGGAAAGUCUUUGUGAUUUAUUAUAGAUUGCAAGAAAAAGUGAAUUUGAUGAUGUUACAGAUCCCCAUAGUUUGAAGGAAGUAAUUGAAUAAUUAUACUAAAAAAAAAGAUCUGAUUUAGAAAUUCUAAUUAAUCAUGUGAUGAAAAGUUAUGAUGAAUUAAAUUAAAAAGUUAAUUUAAAUUAACUAGAAAAAAUUAUGAGAAUUCUAAAAAGCAAAAAUAAAAGUAUUUAUAUUACAAAAGAUGGAAUUGGAGAUGAGGCUAUUUCGUGUUUGUGUAAUUAACAUGAUUCUGAAUAAUAAGAAUAAUAAUUAGAAAAUAAUGUAGAUAAAACUAUAGAGUAGGAAUAAUAGGAUUUGUAACAAUAAUAAGACUAAGAAAUUUUAUAAUAAAAUUUAGAACAGAAAGAAAAUAUCGAAAAUUUAAAUAAUAAUAACAAUAAUGAAAAUGUUAUAAAUAUUGAAAAUAAUUUAAAUGAUAAAAAUGAUAUAAACGAAUCAGAAAUAUCAAAAAAUAAAGAAGAAGUAUUAGAAUAAUAAAUAGAUUAAAAUGAAUAAAAAUUAGGAGAAUUACUUUAGAAAUAAUAAUAAGAAGUAGAAGAAUUUUAAUUAUAAAUAGAAUAAAAUAAAACAGCUCUUUAAAAUCAAGAAGAUGAAAUAGAUUAAAAAAUUUAAUAAGUUGAAUAAUAAGAUGAAUAAUAAUAAUUUACUUAAGAUUAGUUAGAAUAAAAUGUUGAAUCAUUAAAGAAUUCAAUUUAGAGAAGUAGAGAAUAAAUUGAAAAAUUAACAGAAUAAAGAGAUGCACUUCUUGUAAAAAGUAGAGAAUUGGCUCAAAAAUAAUAAGAAUUAAAAAUAUAAUAAUAAUAAAUCUUAAAAUAAUUAAAAUAAAAUGAAGAUGAAGAAGAAGAAGAUAAUAAACCUGUAUUAUUUUUAUUAUUAUUAUUUUAGAUUUCAUGUUAAGAUAUUUUUGGCAUCAUGACUUUAAAUACUUUAAACCUUAAUUAAUUAUAGAACUAUAAUGAUUAAAAAAAUAGUUUGGUUUUUAAGUUAAGUAAAAAUUAUACAGUAGAAAUAAAAAGUGAUGAUACUGAUCACAUUAGACAUUUAAAUGGAACUUCUAUUUUGAAAAUGAUGCCUUCGAUAAUUCUUACAAGACACAUAUUUCCGUUUUUAAGUGCUUUGGAAUUAUUUAAAAUUAGAUAAGUUUGCGGAUGGUUUAAAGAAUAGUAUAUAAAAAUAUAAAUAUAUUUAGAGUAAAGCAAGCAUGGCCAAUAGUAUUUAAGAGAGAAAUGUUUGAAUAAUUAUUAGCUAGAGAUUUAGCCAAAAAUAUAUACACAGUUUUAAAUUUACAAACUUUGAAAGGAACUCUAUUUUUUAAAGUUUAAAAUUUAAUUGAAGCUAUAAUCCAAGCAAUUUAGUGGGAGAAAGUAGAUGAAGCAUUAUAAUAAGAAUAAAUCGAUAUUAGUAUCUAUAGACCAUUGAUUGCCUUGUUGUCUUUAUUCAAUAAAUAAUAAACAAUUUAAUUUCCUUAUUAAAUAGAUGGAAUUUUUAAUAUAAGAGAAUUAGCAAAGGAAAUGAAAACCUAAGUAAUUCAAUAUAUUCAAACAACAUNUAUUAGAAUAAUAAAUAGAUUAAAAUGAAUAAAAAUUA